AAGGAAAGUCGGGAGUUGUAGGCGAUGGGCGUGGUUGUGGCGGAGCGGUGCACACCGGUAAUUGUAGUUCUCGGCCGAGGCGGUUGGCGGUACCCGCGCCGGGUUCGGGCUUCACCUGGAUGGCGGCUGCCACGCGCGGCUGCCGGCCCUGGGGCUCACUCCUCGGGCUGCUCGGGUUCGUCUCGGCCGCGGCCUCCGCCUGGGACCUGGCUUCGCUGCGCUGCAACUUCGGCGCCUUCUGCGAAUGCGACUUCCGGCUCGACCUGCCUGGACUGGAGUGUGACCUGGCCCAGCACUUGGCGGGCCAGCAUCUGGCCAAAGCGCUGGUGGUGAAGGCGCUGAAGGCCUUCGUGAAGGACCCGGCCCCCACCAAGCCGCUGGUCCUGUCCCUGCACGGCUGGACUGGCACUGGCAAGUCCUACGUCAGCUCUCUGCUGGCGCGCUACCUCUUCCAGGGAGGCCUCCGCAGCCCCCGCGUGCACCACUUUUCACCCGUCAUCCACUUCCCCCACCCCAGCCACAUCGAGCGCUACAAGAAGGAUCUUAAGAGCUGGGUCCAGGGGAACCUCACUGCCUGUAGCCGCUCCCUCUUCCUCUUUGACGAGAUGGACAAGAUGCCCCCAGGCCUGAUGGAAGUUCUGAGACCUUUCCUGGGCUCUUCCUGGGUUGUGUAUGGGACCAACUAUCGAAAAGCCAUCUUCAUCUUCAUCAGCAACACUGGUGGUGAGCAGAUCAACCAGGUGGUAUUGGAGGCAUGGCGCAGCCACCGGGACCGGGAGGAGAUCCGCCUGCAGGAACUGGAACCGGUCAUCUCCCGGGCUGUGCUGGACAACCCAAACCAUGGCUUCUGGCAUUCAGGCAUCAUGGAGGAGCACCUACUGGACGCAGUGGUGCCCUUCCUUCCCCUCCAGCGGCACCACGUACAGCACUGCGUGCUCAAUGAGCUGGCCCAGCUGGGCCUGGAGCCACAGGAUGAGGUUGUCCAGGCUGUGCUGGACAGCACCACCUUCUUCCCUGAGCACGAGCAGCUCUUUUCCUCCAAUGGCUGCAAGACUGUGUCUUCCCGAAUUGCCUUCUUUCUCUGACUCCCUGGGUAGCAUUCUUGCCCUUCUCCACUGGCCAGGCUUACAGGAAAGGCCUGAGGCCUCUGUCAAGAGGGAUCCUUGUCACAAGCCUCCUGGAGAAAAGGCCUGGAGCCUCCUGUCUAGUGGGACCCAGAGCAUGAAGUGAAGAUGAAGAGGGUCAUGGCCUAGGCCAGGGGACAGAGAGCCAGGAAACGCCCUGCCUCUUAAUUUCUGGAGGGGAUCUUGGCCUUUGCUGCCUUCCCCAGGGAAACCGCUAGUCACCCCAGAACCUCACUGAGACUUGACUCCCCCACAAAGCCUGAGCCUCCUUACUGUGACUUGUACCUCAGGGACUGCAGCUCGUGGCAGCUACCUCCCUCCUCCCUUCCUUCUGUUACCCUGGCCCCUUACUCAGGCACCAUGUCCCUCCCCUCUACCCCAUAUGCUGUGUCCUGCGUCAUCAAGCCAGGUGCUGGGACUUCUCAAUUUCUGUGACUGGAAGGACUCAAGCUGCCACCUGGGCCUGGUUUUAGAAGUUUUUAAUUUUGUAAAAGGGGAGAAAAAGUAUAAUAAACUUAGCCAUGGGA